AUGCAAUGGAAGCCUGAUGAGAAGGUUAUUGAGGGAUUGGCUGCUUAUAAAGGGAUGAGUUCCUGGAAAUUAAAUUUAAUUUUGGAUUGGAUACUUGGCGAUAAAAGAAUCCCAGCCCGUUGGCAAGUCCCUCUUGCUAAAUCUGAAGAACAAUUCCCCGUUGUUGUAUUUUCUCAUGGAAUUAGUGGAACUAGACAACUUUACUCAAUUAAUUGUUCUUCUUUGUCCAGUCAUGGUUAUGUUGUUGCUGCUUUGGAUCAUAGAGAUGGUUCUUCUUGUUAUACAUAUGAAUUGAAUAAAGACCCUUUCACUGGUGAAUUAAUUCAAAAACAUAUUGAAAUGAAAAAACUCCCCCAUGAAGAGCAAGAAUAUGAGAGUAGAAUAGCUCAGGUAGAACAACGUACAUUGGAAACAAUUAACAUGUUAAAAUUAUUUAAAAAAUUAAAUGAAGGAUUGCGUAAUUCAAAUGUAGAAAUUGUUUGUGGAAAUGAAUUUGAUUGGGAACAAUUUAAGGGAAGAUUAAAUUUGGAUAAAGCAAUUUCAAUUGGGCAUAGCUUUGGAGGUGCUUCUGCUUUAACUUCUUGUGCUGUCGAAAAGGGUUUUAAAUGUUGUGUUGUUAUGGAUGCUUGGCUAUAUCCUUUUGACUGUAAAUAUUACGAAGAAAUUACCCAACCAGUUUUAAUGUUAAAUGCGAGUAAAUGGCAAUGGCCUAUGAAUUUGAAGAGAUUGUUGUAUUUACAACAACAAAAUGGAGGGGAAGGGAAAUCAAUGUAUACAUUGACUGAUAUUGUGCAUCAAUCUUUUUCAGGUUUUUUAAAGUUAUUAUUGGGAUUUUCCCUGGGUUUUCUGGGCGGGAAGAAAGUGAGAGGUUGGUUGUUCCUGGGAAAUAUUCGGAUAUUCAAAAGCAAAAAUACAUCUUUUUUCGGUCCCGAAUGCCCAGAACGGGGUCGCUUUAGUAUACCUACACCGAGAUCGGAACUCAUAAUAUAUACCAUUCGAUUCGUCUCGCCAAGCUGUGUUCAAAUAUGUAAGAAUUUUAAGUGGGAGACGAAGACUCGCAGAACUACAGGCGACCUUAGUAGAAGCCCAAAGAACCGUCUAAAACGUCUUUUUUUCAGAUUUGGGAUUACUCACUCCAGGAAGAAUUGGCAAAUUUAUGGGUUUUCAAGGUCAACACGACCCCGAAUAUUUGGCAAAUAUAAUUAUUCAACUAAUUACAACAUUUACUGA